AUGGUGGGCAACCAGCGCUACGUAAAAGUCUACACCCUGAAAGAUGAACAACAGUGGGUCAUUCUAGACACAGGGUACAUCUCAUCCACUUAUGAGGAGGGGGCCCAGGCCAUGUUUCUGCUAGUUAGAUCCAAGUCCGAUGACUCACUGAUCUUGGAGUCAAAGAUAAAUCCAGACAUGUACUAUGAGAAAGAUGGAACGUUAAUUUUUUGGUUUGAGGCUGAGAACCGUGGUACAGCGAUACAUUUCCAGGACACGGCAAUUUGUCAUAAGGUCUGGAAAGCCAUUUGCCAGGUUCACAGUAAAGUCCCAUGUGUCGAAACUAUACAUGACAUCAUGGAUGAAUCAGAAGCCAAAGAGGGUGAUGACUCGCCAAAAACCAGUGAACUGCUCGACCUGCCAAACUGCGAACUCGAUAAACUUGGAGAGAUUGUUGACUUAGUUACCUUGAGUCUCACCUCACCUAUGGAUAAAGAACUCCUGGCUCUGCUCUUGGAAAGGGAGGACUAUAUUCAAAAACUACUGCAGUUGUUCCACACUUGUGAGAACCUAGAGUAUACUGAAGGCUUAUACCAUUUGCAUGAAAUUAUUAAAGGAAUCUUAUUCCUCGACAAUACAUCUCUGUUUGAGAUCCUGUUUUCUGAUGAGUGUAUCAUGGAUGUGGUGGGAUGCCUUGAAUAUGACCCUGCUUUGGCUCAGCCAAAAAGGCAUAGGGAAUUCUUAACCCAAAAUGCACACUUCAGGGAAGUUAUACCAAUAACAGACAGUGAAAUUCGACAAAAAAUACAUCAGACAUACAGGGUACAGUACAUUCACGACAUCCUUUUGCCUAUACCAUCCAAGUUUCAAGACAAUAUUCUUCCUAAUCUUACAAGUUUUAUUUUUUUUAACAAGGUUGAGCUAGUCAACAUGUUGCAGGAAGAUGACGAGUAUUUGGCUGAAGUUUUUGCACAGAUGAGGGAUGAGACCACAGAUGAUGAUAAACGGCGUGACCUGGUAUUUUUUUUAAAGGAAUUCUGUGUAUUUUCUCAUCUAUUACGUUCUGAAAGCAGGUGUGCACUAUUCACAACACUGACAGAAUUGGGAAUUCUUCCUGCUCUUAAAAUUGUAAUGGGCAUGGAUGAUUUGCAAAUAAGGUUAGCUGCUACUGAUAUACUUGGUGAUCUAGUGAAGUAUACUCCAUUCAUUGUCCAAAGAUUUAUGAUGGACGAAGCCCAGCAAAGUGAAGAUGGCAAACUUUUCACUAAUUUAAUAAUUGAAAAAAUGAUCUGUGAUACUGACUCUGAGCUAGGAGGUGCUGUUCAUUUAAUGAGACUUCUUCGUGCUCUACUUGAUCCAGACAACAUGCUGCCAACACAUAGAAAAUGUAAAAGAAGUGAAUUUCUAAAUUUCUUCUAUAGACAUUGUAUACAUAACUUCACAGCACCACUUUUGUCAGCUACUUCAGAAGAUAUAUGUGAAGAGGAUAAUAUAGUUGGAUCUGACAAAAACAACAAAAAUUGCUUCAAUAAUUACCAAACAGCAGAGCUGCUUGCCUUAAUUUUAGAGCUGCUCACAUUUUGUGUGCAACGUCACACGUAUUACAUAAAAACCUAUAUUUUGAGAAAAGACUUGCUAAGAAGAGUCUUGAUCUUGUUGAAUUCAAAGCACACUUUCCUGGUCUUGUGUGCUCUUCGCUUUAUGAGAAGGAUGAUUGGCCUUAAAGAUGAACUUUGUAAUUUUUACAUCAUCGAGGGAAACCUUUUUAAGCCAGUUGUAAAUGCCCUUCUGGAUAAUGGAACUCACUACAAUAUGUUGAAUUCAGCUAUUAUUGAGCUGUUUGAAUUCAUAAGAGAGGAAAAUAUCACGUCUCUUGUUGCACAUAUAGUUGAAGAGUUUUAUGAAACACUUGAGUCAAUUGAAUAUGUUCAGACAUUCAAAGGAUUGAAGAUUAAAUAUGAAGAACAGAAAUACCGGAACAAUCAACUAUGGAAGAAUUUGUAUCCUGUACAGUAUAGUAAGAUAUUUUGCAGAGGUGCCAGUGUCUUGAAGCACAAGGAAGAGAAGAGUUUUAAAGAAAAUAUAGAGGAAGGAACAGCAGGUAUGUCAUCAUCAGAAAGUGAUUUUCAAGAUCAUUGUGAUAAAUCUGUGGAGACUGAAAAAGCAAAAGAAAAUGAAGACAAGGCAGAUCUUCCCCCCAAAACAUCUUUGGGUGGCUCCGAAUUUACUUCAUUCCAUUCUGCUAGUGAUGCUAGUGGAGCAGGUAACCCAAACGAUAGCAGCAUGGUGAACUUAGUGGAUUAUUCAGAUGACAACAAAGAAGAUAAAGAAGGUGACCCCCCCCCCAGGAAAAAACUACAUGUAGCUCCUAAAGUCUUAAGGGAAAACCCUUAA